AUGGUAACUAAGCCUUCAAACAAUCUAAGAAGGGAACAUAAAUGGUUAAAAGAAACUACUACUAUCCAAGAGGAUAAAGAUCUUAUUUUAAAUAUUUUAACUCAAACUUUGCCUGCAAGAAAAAAAAUACGAUCUGUAACAAAUAUACCUGAUCCAAUAAUAAUUUCUACCACCACCACUACAAACAAUAAUAAUACAACUUCACAAUCAAAUCUCCCGAGUUCUCUACUCAACAAUACCACUAAAUCUUCCAACACAGGUGUUAAUAAUUUUGAUAGUAUAGAUCUAGUUACUGCUGAACUUUUUGCUACUGAUGAUCCCAUCAUAAAUCAAAGAGCCAUCCCAGGAACUCAAAUAAGUAAUAAAACUUCAACAGAUGUAACCCAUUAUUAUUCUACUCCUUCAACCGUAUCCAAGAAAUUUAAAACAUCCCUUAUAAAUGAUAAUAUUACAUCUACACCAAUUCCGCAAGUAUCAUCUGUUGAUUUGAGAAAUAAAAAUAAAACUUUGCCAUCAAUUAAUUCAAAUAUAGAUAUUCCAAAUAGAAAGGCAGUUUCACAAGAAAUUAUUUCCAAAAAUCAAACAUCCAUUAAUAAUUCUCAUCAAAAACUAAUAUUAAAACAAAGUGAAUUAUUAAAUCUAUUUCAACAACAAUCUGAAUUAUUAAUUGAAAAAUGCAAAAUAUUAGAAUCUGAUUUUUUAUCAGAAAUUGACCAAAAAGAAAAAAUUAAAGAUGAAAUUACUCCAAAAUUAUUACAAUUAAAACCUAAGAUUAAUUUUUUAGAAAUUUCUAUUACAACUUUAGAAAAAAAUACUUCAUCACAUAACAACAACAUAUCUUCACAAAUUUCAUUAAGGAGAGAUAAAAUUAUAUCACAACCAACACCAUCUACAACUUAUAGAAAUCAUGAUGAAAUUAUUCAACUUCUUGAUGACGAUGAUGAAUUUGAUAAUGAUAUUAUAAAACCUCAUAAUAAGGAAAUUAACAAAAUAACUGUCGAAGAAGUUGAUAAUAAUAAUAAUAAUAAUAAUGACGAUGACAAUGACGAUGAAAAUGAUGAAACUCAUAUUUCAACCAUGAUAGAUAUUACAACUAAUAAGGAAAAUAGUAACUCUGUAAUAGAUAGCUAUUCAAUUACUCCCGAAAGCCAACCACCUAGUGAUGAAAAUAAUAACAAUAUUAAAUCACGAAAUUUAAGAACAAGAAAAUCAAUCAACUAUAAGAUUCCUGAAAAGGAAGAUCCAUUUGAUUAUGUCAUGGGGCCAACAGAUAGAAUAAAUCAUAGUAUUAAUAACGAUUCCACUGAAGAAGCUGAAGCAGAUAAUGCGUCUGAUUAUCUUCAAACACAAGCUGAAGAAAACGAUACUCAUUUGAAUCCCAGUGAUAUUGAUUUUAUCGUUGAUGAUCCACUUAAUAAUAAUAUCAAUGAAGAUGAAGAUGGUGAUUAUUACGAUCAAUAUUACGAUGAAUCUGAUGCAGAUAUGAGCUUUGCUAAUAUGGAACCUCCAAUUAGUGAUGAAAAUUUAAAUUCAAAUAAUGAAAAUUUGAUCGAAGUAAUAAAUUCAUCACCAAUGAGAAAACAAAGUAUAUCAAAUAAUAUAAUUGGAAAAAAUCUUGAAUCUUCAAUGCUGCUCCAAUCAAAUACAAAUAUAAACAAUAAUGAUAAUAAUAAGGAAAAUCAUCAUAAUAAUUCCGACGAAAAUAUACCUGAAAUUAACCUUCUAGACUAUGAUUUUGAUAAAGAUCCUAUAGAUCAAGAUUCUAAUCAUAUACCAACUAGCAAUCAAGAUAAUGGUCCAACAAUAUCUUAUUCUGAUUUAGAAGUUAUUGAUGAUGAUGAUGGAUUUGAUAAUGAACUAGCAAUCAUAUCUGAUGAUGAUUUAGAAAGGUUUGAUGAGGAAAGAGAGACUAGAACUCAAUUACAAGAAAUACAUAAUAUUGAUGAUGAACUUUCAAUAAUUAGUGAGAAAAAAUUAGUUGAAGACUCAGAUUCAUUCCAUCCUGCAAUAAAAAUGGAGAUUGUUAAUAAAUUAAAUCCAGAUUCACAAAUUAAUUUCGAUGAUUCGGAUGAUGAUUUUUCCAUAAGUGAGAUUGAAAGUAGACAUAAAGAACAACCAGCGUCUUCUUCGAUCUCGCCGAGAUACCCUUGGACCUCAGAACUGGAACAUAGAUUAAAGGAAACAUUUAAAUUAUCAGGCUUUAGACCACACCAAUUGGAAGCUAUAAAUGCUACUCUCUCUGGGCGAGAUGUAUUUGUAUUAAUGCCUACUGGUGGUGGUAAAUCCCUUUGUUAUCAACUUCCGGCUGUUAUUAAAUCAGGUAAAACAAGAGGCACUACUGUUGUCAUUUCACCAUUAAUAUCCCUUAUGCAAGAUCAAGUGGAACAUCUAUUAGAUAACAAUAUCAAAGCUUGUAUGUUUAGCUCCAAGGGGACAGCUGAUCAAAGAAGACAACAUUUUAAUCUAUUUAUUCACGGAUUUUUGGAUUUAAUUUAUAUGUCUCCAGAAAUGAUCAGUGCUUCCGAACAAUGUAAAAGAGCAUUAAAAAAAUUAUAUGAUGAUGGAAAAUUAGCCAGAGUUGUUAUUGAUGAAGCUCAUUGUGUUUCCAAUUGGGGUCAUGAUUUUAGACCAGAUUAUAAAGAAUUAAAAUAUUUUAAAAGAGAAUUCCCUGAUAUCCCAAUGAUUGCUUUAACAGCUACUGCAAAUGAACAAGUUAGAAUGGAUAUCAUUCAUAAUUUAGAAUUGAAUGACCCUGUUUUCUUAAAGCAAAGUUUUAAUAGAAACAAUUUAUACUAUGAAGUUACAAAAAAAACUAAGAAUAGUAUUUUCCAAAUGUCUGACGAAAUAAAAUCCAGAUUUAAAAAUCAGACAGGCAUUGUUUAUUGCCAUUCUAAAAAUUCUUGUGAACAAACUUCUGCUUUACUUGAAAAGAGUGGGAUUAAAGCUGCCUUCUAUCAUGCAGGCAUGGAACCAGAUGAUAGAUUAAGGGUUCAAAAAGCUUGGCAAGCAGAUGAAAUUCAGGUUAUCUGCGCUACUGUUGCCUUUGGUAUGGGUAUUGAUAAGCCUGAUGUUAGAUUUGUUUAUCAUUUUACAGUUCCAAGGACACUUGAGGGUUAUUAUCAAGAAACAGGUCGUGCAGGUAGAGACGGUAAAUUUUCUCAUUGCAUUACUUAUUUUUCCUUUAGAGAUAUUAGAUCUAUUCAAACUAUGAUAGAAAGAGAUAAAAAUUUAGAUAAAUCUAAUAAAGAAAAACAUCUAAAUAAAUUACAACAAGUAUUGGCUUACUGUGAUAACAUUACCGAUUGUAGAAGAAAAUUAGUUUUAUCAUACUUCAACGAAAAUUUUAAUUCCAAAGAUUGUCAUAAAAAUUGUGAUAAUUGCCGUUUUAGCAGCAAUGCUGUUACAGAAGAGAGAGAUGUUACAGAAGAUGCUAUACGAAUUACAAAAUUAGUAGAAGCUAUCCAUUCUAAAAGAGUUACCAUGAUUUAUUGUAGGGAUGUUUUUAAAGGGUCUAGAAGUUCUAAAAUUGUACAAGCUGGCCAUACUGAGCUACCAGAACAUGGCUACGGUAAAAAACUUCAAAAAUCAGAAAUUGAUAGAAUAUUCUUAAAUUUAAUUAAUUUACGUGUUUUAGAAGAUAAACCUGUUAUGCAUGGAAAUGGUUUCUCAACUAAUUAUGUUAAAUUAGGCCCUAAUGCUAGAAAAUUAUUAAAUGGAAAGUUAGAGGUUAAGAUGACAUUUACUGUUUCAGCAGAUAAUUCUCGAACUUCAACAGCUGGUCCAGAGUCAACUAAUAACAGUAGACCUACAUCUGCUUCUAGAAAUUCUAGAUCUACAAAUAAUGAAAGAAUAUCCAAUAAUGCCAAAGUCCCUGCCCCUACAUUUACGAGUGCAACGCAACAUCUUCGUUCUUUCAGUUAUCAAAAUGAUUCUAACGUAUCAGGGAAUUGGAAAGCACCAAAAGCAUCGCAUCCAAUCAAUCUGAAUAAUAAUUAUAACUCAAAAUCUACUCAAGAACUUAGUGAACUUGCUUUUGCAUAUGAACAAUUGCAUGAGAUCUCAUUAAAUGUAGGAAAUAGAUUAAAUCCACCAGUUUCCAAUUUUUUACCGGAUACAAUCGUUAGAAAGGUUGCUAAACUAUUGCCAGUUAGUGAAGAAGAAUUUGGCAUUAUUGUUGGAGGAAAUGAACAUCAUAAAAAAAAUUUCGAUAUUUUAAGAAUAAAAUUAUGGAAUUACGUAAAAGAAAACUAG